UUUCUCUUCCGCAAGCGUGAGCGCAUGUCGCUGUGUGUGUUUCUGUUUGAGUGUGUGUGGUGUGUGGUGUGUCUGUGUGUGCGUGCGUGCGUGCGUGCGUGAUCGCGAAUCGCUCGAUAGAGAGAGAAAAAGGACAGAGAAGGUGUGCAACAGCAGCGUUUACUCUGACCAGUGUUGGAAGCAAGAAGAAGUGCGAGGAAGACUGGGACGAGUGUCUGCCUACACAUAAUGCUGCUGGCCGUUGUCUAUAGCUGUGUAGGGGGAGGAGCGCUGCUGUAUGCCCUCUACCGCUGGAUCAUCCCCAACCUGUUGCAGUACCACACUGGAGCGUUAUUAUUCUGGCACGACGACCUGGUCCCCUGGGUGAGGGACACCGUCUAUGGCUCCACCCGCCCAGAGCGUAUUCUGGCCGAAGUAAAGAGGAAGGCCACCAGGGGUGACGCCAGGAGUGUGGUGGACACCAUCGACCAGUACUGCAGGCAUCAAGAAUGGGCCAUGAAUGUGGGGGACGAGAAAGGCACCAUCCUGGACUCCAUCGUGUGUGAGGUGAAGCCCAGGGCGAUGCUAGAGCUGGGGACCUACUGCGGUUACUCGGCGGUGCGCAUCGCCAGCCUGCUGCCCCCAAACUCAAGGCUGAUCACCAUGGAGUUCAACCCUGUGUUCGCCGCCAUCGCACGCCAGGUCAUCGCCUGGGCAGGAGUGGAGGAUAAGGUGGUGCUCAUCGAGGGCCCAUCCGGGGACUGGAUCCCUAAAAUGAAGAAGGAGUUCGGGUUGACUUCGUUUGACUUGGUGUUCUUGGACCACUGGAAGGAUUGCUACCUACCCGACACCAAACUAAUGGAGGAGUGCGGCCUGCUCAGGACGGGCAGCAUCCUGGUGGCCGACAACGUCAUCUGUCCCGGGGCGCCUGAUUACCUGGAGUACGUGCGUGGCAGCCCGCGGUACGAGAGCAAGUACUUCCGCUCCCAUCUGGAGUACACCAGAGUAGAGGACGGCAUAGAGAAGUCUGUCUUCCUGGGGUAGCUGAGCUUCCUGCCCCUCUUCUCUCACUCAGUCACACAAACACACACACACACACACACACACACACACACACACACACACACACACACACACACACACACACACACACACACACACACACACACACACACACACACACACACACACACACACACACAAAAUAAUUAACAAACUAAUAUAAAUACUGAUCUAAGACCCUAUGAACAUUCUCAUAGUUGGGACUCAAGAAUAUAUAAGAUUCAGGCCAAACAAUGUGUGAACCUUUUUAUCAACAGGCUGUUUUAGAGAAUGAUUUGUUCCUCUGGCUUCCUGAGACUAUACUGAAUUUAGGAGCUCACAUUAUGAUAUAUCUUGAUUGUCUCACGAGGCUGAUGUUCGUCAACCCUGUUCCUUGGUAUAACCCGGGAGCUACAAUGACCACGGAAGCGUUGCAUCAUGUUUGCUUACAACUUGCUCCACUGGACACGUCGCAGCGCAAGAUGAAGAGGAUUCUAUAGGACCGAUAGAUAAACAACUAUGCCUGCUCUGCUUUAUAUGUUUUUUCAUUGUUGUGAACAAGGUGAUUGUGCAUACAGUACAUGUUAAGUCAUUUAACAGAAUAAUGUUUUCAUUGGCAGUCUCUUAACCAAACUCACCUGAAGCUCCAAUGACCGCACCAAUUGUCCUUCAAAUGUUGUCUGACCUUAAAUUGUCCUUGUAUAAAAAAAUGUCUGUGGUCGUACAACUCGCUGUAUUUCCAUGUCUAUGAUCACAUGUUGAAACUAGCGAGGUAAACAAGUGGUUCAUAGUCUGAGGACAGACACAUGGUUGUAGUUAUAUGGGUGUAGUUUUGUUGUACGUGAUAUGGGGGUGCUUCAUGUUCCCACCGUAGGGUGCAGGUGGAUGCAGGGAUUGUAUGCAGGAAUGCAAUUACAAGUCAAGAUAUUUGUUAACAAAUUUGAUAAAGAGCAGUAGUUUCCAUGUGCAACUACAACUUCAUAGAAAUAAUCCAUACAUUUAAACAAUUUGAAUUGGCAUACAAUCAUACAUACUUUCUUAAAAAAACACAUAUUCAUAGAGAGAUGUGCAACACUUGUAAAGAAAGACUUAAUUUCUAUCUUAGCCUCUUUGCUGCGUGUCUGUUGGGUGUCACACAGUGAAGAAGCUCUCAUUGAUUAGAGGGCGAGAUGGGGCUACGCGAUGGUCCGCUUGCAUGCCCAGUGUAGCAGGGGGUUAAGGUAUGAUGUUUGAUGCUGUUUCACAUCCAAAAUGGAUGGCAUCUUUUGUUGAAAUAGUUUGCCGUGAUACACUAGGGGGCAGUAGUGAACCUUUUAAAAUUCAUACUCUGAACAUGAAUGCAUUUUUUAUAAUCUUGUAUAUGAAAAAACAUAAUAAAAUCAUAUUGUAUACGGCAA